UUCGCCACAAGAAGUAUUCAAGUGGACGGCAAGACUAUCAAAGCGCAGAUCUGGGACACCGCCGGUCAGGAGCGGUAUCGCGCCAUCACUUCGGCCUACUAUAGGGGAGCCGUCGGCGCACUCCUGGUGUACGACAUCGCCAAACACCUGACCUAUGAAAACGUGGAGCGAUGGCUGAAAGAGCUGAGAGAUCACGCGGACCAGAAUAUAGUGAUUAUGUUAGUCGGAAACAAAUCUGAUUUAAGACACUUACGCGCUGUGCCUACCGAUGAAGCCCGUGCUUUCGCCGAGAAAAACUCGUUGUCAUUCAUCGAGACGUCAGCCCUGGACUCGACUAACGUCGAGGCGGCGUUUCAACAAAUACUGACCGAAAUCUAUCGCAUUGUCUCACAGAAGCAGAUCCGCAACGAAGGCGGUGACGACCCCUCGCCAUCCGCUGAGAACAUAAGGCCGAUAAACAUUCCUCCGACCGAUAACUCCGACCGAAAUAAGAAGCCCUGUUGUCAGACAUAGAGAUUUCAGUCAUCAAUAUUUAGAAACCCGUUUUUCCCGGGUUUUUGUCAAUUGUUUUAUUAAAUAUUGAAUAUUAUGUUUAAUAGAAGUAAUCGAUUGUUUUAGACAUUGAACUGAUUUCUAUUCAAUUUAAUUAUAUAUCGAUUUAUAACGAUUUCUGCUAUCAAUUAAUUCAUUUUAUUUUUAUUAUUAUUGUUUUUUUGUCCAUCGCUUUACUUUUAACUAAACAAUGCUAUCGUUUAUUACUAAACAAUAGCCAAAUCCCGAUAGAAAGCGAACCUCCCUUUCGAUUAUAAAUUUUCAAUUACAAAAACCCAACAGUUUUUUAAAUUAAAUAUAAAUGAGUUUUAUUACAAUUUUUUGGAUGAAAACAAAUAUAAAGUUAAUUUUAAUGA